UGGUCAGUGGUCAACCCUUGGUCAGUGGUCAACCUUUGGUCAACUCAUGGAGGGGUCACUGGGUCAACCAAUGGUCAGUGGUCAACCCUUGGUCAGUGGUCAACCCUUGGUCAAGCCAUGGUGGGGUCAUUGGGUCACCUCAUGGUCAACUGGUCAACCUUUAUUGGUCACCACCCUGUGAUGGGCUUGAGGUCAGCUGUGAUGGGGUCAAGGGGUCAACCCUCGGUCAGUGGUCAAUCCAUGGUCAGUGGUCAACCCUUGGUCAGUGGUCAACCUUUGGUCAACUCAUGGAGGGGUCAAGGGGUCAACCCUCGGUCAGUGGUCAAGCCAUGGUCAGUGGUCAACCCUUGGUCAGUGGUCAACCUUUGGUCAACUCAUGGAGGGGUCACUGGGUCAACCAAUGGUCAGUGGUCAACCCUUGGUCAGUGGUCAACCUUUGGUCAACUCAUGGCAGGGUCAUUGGGUCAACCAAUGGUCAGUGGUCAACCCUUGGUCAGUGGUCAACCUUUGGUCAACUCAUGGCGGGGUCAUUGGGUCAACCAAUGGUCAGUGGUCAAUCCAUGGUCAGUGGUCAACCUUUGGUCAAGCCAUGGUGGGGUCAUUGGGUCACCUCAUGGUCAACUGGUCAACCUUUGUUGGUCACCACCCUGUGGUGGGCUUGAGGUCAGCCGUGAUGGGGUCAAGGAGUCAACCCUCGGUCAGUGGUCAAGCCAUGGUCAGUGGUCAACCCUUGGUCAGUGGUCAACCUUUGGUCAACUCAUGGAGGGGUCAUUGGGUCAACCCUUGGUCAGUGGUCAACCCUUGGUCAGUGGUCAACCUUUGGUCAACUCAUGGCGGGGUCAUUGGGUCACCUCAUGGUCAAUUGGUCAACCUGUGGUGGGCUUGAGGUCAGCCGUGAUGGGGUCAAGGGGUCAACCCUUGGUCAGUGGUCAAGCCAUGGUCAGUGGUCAACUGUUGGUCAACCCAUGGUGGGGUCAAGGGUCAUCUGUGGAGGGGUCAAGCAUGGUCAACCUCAACAGUGGUGGGUGGGUCACCUUGUGGUCACUUUGGGGUCACCUUGAGGUCACUUUGGGGUCACUUUGAGGUCACCUUGGGGUCACUUCCUGGUCACUUUGUGGUCACCUUGGGUUCACUUUGUGGUCACCUUGUGGUCACUCUGAGGUUACUUUGUGGUCACUUUCUGGUCACUUUGUGGUCACCUUGUGGUCACUUUGUGGCCACUUUGGAGGCCCCUUUGUGGUCACUUUAUGGUCAGCUUGAGGUCACUUUGUGGUCACCUUGUGGUCAACUUCGUGGCCACUUUGUGGUCACUCUGAGGUUACUUUGUGGUCACUUUGUGGUCACUUUGGGGUCAUCUUGUGAUCACUUUGAGGUCAUCUUGUGGUCACUUUGAGGUCACCUUGAGGUCACCUUGUGGCCACUUUGGAAGCCCCUUUGUGGUCACUUUAUGGUCACUUUGAGG